UGGUGGACAACGAUAUGCUUUACUCCUCAUCUAAUUUUAUGGCACGCCAAAUGAUUGCGUUGUCUAGUAUAAAGUCUAUGCAUAUUAUGUCUUUUUCAUCGGAUAAUACAUUAAAUUUAUGCGUAGUUCAUAGCUUUAUCACGGACACUUGGUCAAUUCAUGUUAAAUAAGUGAGUUUCCCUCUAACCCAAAUACAAGUAGAUUGUAAAAUUGAUUUAAUAUUAUUUCUACCAAUUAUAACCACAAUUAAUUGAUAACAUUAUGAAUCAAGUGAUCAUAUAAAGAUUCAUAUAGAUCAAUUAUGACUGAGCAAAAUUGUGUCAUGGGUUUGGAAACCCAAAUGGCUGUUCCUUUGCAUCUCCAAAGAUUGGAAAGAAGCUUGAACGUACAACCAUUCUUAUCACAAGUUAAUGAACUGUUUCAUGAUCAUGUUAGUGAUGACGAUAACUCGAUAUCAUCAGAGUCAUCAGAUGGAUCCAAUAGUUAUACGAAUAAUGAAUUAAGCCAUAAAGAAGAAGAGAAAGUGAAUAAAUUAAGACUAUAUAAUAUGUCAAAAAUUGGAGAAGAAAGAAAAUGGCUUGAAGAUAUUUUAUUAUCGGAUUCGGAUACUGCAAGUUUAGCAUCUGACGAGUCCGAUACAGAUGGACCAAUAACAGAACAGGACUUUCAAGAUAUGUUGAAAUUCCACAUUCUCCGUAAAAAAUAUCAAGGAAAAUUUUACCAAAAACCAGAAAAUAUUCAAUACCAGUAUUAUGGAGCUGGAUUACUAUCAAGUUAUGAUAGAUUUCCAGAGCAUCAGAAACUCAUAGUGGGGAAUAAAAAGAAAAAAGAGAAAAAAUUUGAGAAAAAAAUAUUAAAGCUUAAAAAAGAAAAAAUAAAAAUUCGUAAUAAAUUAUCAGAUAUUUGUCAUGAGCAUGACUAUCCAGAACACAAAUGGGACAAGAUGAUUCCAAAAGAAGAAGUAAAGGAAGAAGUUAAUGAAGAAUGUAAAGACGAUGAGGAAGGUGAGGGAUUUGAUUAUGAAGAAAAAGAUGACGAGGAUGACGAUGAUAAAGAAAAAGAUGAUGAGGACGACGACGACGAUGACGAUGAUGAUGAGGAAGAAGAAGACCAUGAAGAGCUUGACGAGGCCGAGCUAGAGAUGAUGUUAAAACAUCAGCAAAAAUCAAGAGGACGAAAAAAGCACAAUAACAAGAGUCCUGAGAUGAUGGCCAUUAGAAGAAGAAAAAUAUGGAUUAUGAUGUCGAAAAAAGAACUAGGAAAAAUUCAAAGAGCAAAGGUAAAUAAUCAUAAAGAAAUGUUAAUUAAUUGUAAAAAAUUAGCACAAAAUUGCAUGAAGUAUUGGAGGCAAAAAGCGAUGCAAAGUCAAAAGAAUAUGAAAGAGAUCAUUUGGCGGGCAAAAAGAUUAACUCGAGAGAUGCAAUCUUAUUGGAAGCGUUAUGAUCGCGUUGAAAGAGAAACUAGAAGAAGAUUAGAGAAAGAAGCUGAAGAACAAAGAAAGAUGGACGUAGAAAUGAUAGAAGCUAAACGUCAACAAAGGAAAUUAAAUUUUUUAAUCACUCAAACAGAAUUAUAUGCUCAUUUUAUGUCUAGAAAAUUAGGAAAAAAUUCUGCUGAAGAACAGUUACGUAUUUUAAAUCAAUUAGAUGAAGAAAAAAAUGCUAGAUUAGUUGGUAUUGAUGAUUAUGAUAGUGAAUUAAUGAAACAAAAAGCUCGAAAAAAUGCUAUAGAAGCUUUUGAUCAUGAAAAAGCACGUGCUAAACAGUUCGAUACUGCUACUUGUUCCCAAGAAUUUCGACUGAGUGAUACUCCAGAUAAUAUGGAGCAUCCUCAGCCUUCGAUUUUCAAAGGAAAUUUGAAAGGUUAUCAGCUAAAAGGCAUGAAUUGGCUGGCUAAUCUUUAUGAUCAAGGAAUCAGUGGUAUCUUGGCUGACGAGAUGGGUCUAGGAAAAACUGUUCAAUCGAUAGCAUUUCUUUGUCACAUUGCUGAAAGAUAUUCUGUAUGGGGUCCAUUCCUCAUAAUAUCUCCAGCAUCGACAUUACAUAAUUGGCAACAAGAAAUGGCACGGUUUGUACCUCUUUUUAAGGUAGUUCCUUAUUGGGGAAAUCCACAAGAACGUAAAAUUCUUCGCCAAUUUUGGGAUACUAAAGAUUUACAUACUAAAGAAGCAUCUUUUCAUGUUGUAAUUACAAGUUAUCAGCUUGUUAUCACUGAUUACAAAUAUUUUAAUAGAAUUAAGUGGCAGUAUAUGAUACUGGAUGAAGCACAGGCAAUUAAAAGUACCAGUAGUAUGCGUUGGAAAACUUUAUUAGGUUUUAGUUGUCGUAAUCGAUUACUUUUAAGUGGAACGCCUAUUCAAAAUAGUAUGGCAGAACUUUGGGCUCUUCUUCAUUUUAUAAUGCCAACUCUUUUUGAUUCCCAUGACGAAUUCAAUGAAUGGUUUUCUAAAGACAUUGAAAGUCACGCUGAAAAUAAAACUGGUAUUGAUGAGAAACAUUUAUCAAGACUGCAUAUGAUUUUAAAGCCAUUUAUGUUAAGGAGAAUAAAAAAAGAUGUGGAAAAUGAAUUAUCUGAUAAAAUUGAAGUUAUGGUCUACUGCCCAUUAACAACCAGACAGAAAUUACUUUAUUCUGCGCUCAAGCAAAAAAUUCGAAUUGAAGAUUUGUUGCAUUAUACCGUUGGAGGUGGUGAUACUGCAACGAAUGAUAAAAAUUUUACUUCAAAUUUGAUGAAUCUAGUCAUGCAAUUUCGUAAAGUUUGUAAUCAUCCAGAACUUUUUGAACGAAGAGAUGCUAAAUCUCCAUUAUUUAUCACUACUGAUGCGUAUCAAAUACCAUCUCUUAUUUAUUCUGAUUGUUUAUUUAAUUCAUCUAUACCGUCCAAGGAUCAUUUAUUGUUGAAUAAAUUAUCUAUAUUUAAUACGGAGUAUAUACAUCGAUCUCUGCAUCCAAAGAAAGGGGAAAACUUGACAAGUUUUUUUGCUUUCUCCCGAUUUAUUGAUCUUUCUCCUAUGGAAUUAUAUCGUAUAUUUAUUUUUGGUAUUUUAUAUCGAUUAGUUCAUGCUACUUUAAUAGAACAAAAGCUAAAAGUAAAGAGGUAUUGGGAAGAUUGGUGGGUUGAUGAAAAAAUCCAUGAACCUACAAACUUUAUGCUACGUAUAAUUAAUAAAUAUCACCAUUUAGCUCAAGAUGAUUCUGAUAUAAUAUUUACAAAGAAAAUCCUUGAUGGUGAAGCUUUUUAUACUCAUAGUACGCAUACAAUUCAUUCAAUACCUGAAACAAUGGCUCACAGAAUACUCAGAAGUUCUAAACAGUUUAAUGAUUCAUUGAAAUCCAUUCGGACUCUUACUAAACCUCAAUUAGAAGAAGAAACAAAAUUUAAUUUGUUACCAGAACACCGUCAUUUACCUCGACCAUCUAUUAAAAGACUGUAUCAACCAACGACAAUUCCCAGUUUUCUUAGUGAUAAUCAUCCAAAAGUUCAAGCAAAUCCAAGGAAAUUGUACAUCAGCAACAGUUCUGCUGCAUGGGCAUGGAAAAAACAUGAAACAUGUGGAGGAUCUUUUGGACAAUAUGUACUUUGGAUGGGUUGUGAACAAGCCCUUCGAUUAAUGUCAUUAAAUCAAGAUUAUCAAGAUCCGUCAGGAGUUAACGUGCAAAAUUUAAGGAACUCGUUAACUCCCAUGUUCUCACACGAACCGUUAGGUGGUUUAUCAGCGUGUAAGCCUGUUAAUGGAUGGUCAAAUAUAAUUAUUCCAGACAAGCAAACUCUAGUAACAGAUGCAGGUAAACUUUCUGUAUUGGACAAUCUUCUACGACGAUUAAAAGAGCAAGGUCAUCGAGUGCUGAUUUAUUCACAAAUGACGAAAAUGAUUGAUCUACUCGAGGAGUACAUGUACCACCGGAAACAUACUUUCAUGCGUCUCGAUGGUUCAUCAAAAAUAUCUGAUCGUCGUGAUAUGGUAGCAGACUUCCAGAAAAGGGCAGAUAUAUUUGUUUUUCUUUUGAGUACCAGAGCUGGUGGAUUGGGAAUUAAUUUAACCGCUGCUGAUACGGUAAUCUUCUAUGAUAGCGAUUGGAAUCCAACUGUUGACCAACAAGCCAUGGAUAGAGCUCAUAGAUUAGGCCAAACAAAACAAGUAACUGUAUACCGACUUAUUUGUAAAGGAACAAUUGAAGAAAGAAUUUUACAAAGAGCUCGUGAAAAGAGUGAGAUUCAAAGAAUGGUCAUAAGUGGAGGAAACUUCAAACCAGACACUUUGAAACCUAAAGAAGUUGUUUCACUGUUGUUGGACGAUGAAGAGAUAGAAGCUAAAUACAGUCAACGGAGCGAAGAGAGAAAGCAGUAUACGGAGGAGACUCGACUUGAAGCAAGUCUACAUCAUAAGGAGAGAGACCGGAAGAGGAAGUUAACCGCACUUCCGGUCAAGGACAACAAGAAACAACGUUUAGAGGACAAUUCUGCCGAGAAGAUUAAUCAUUCUUGUACUUCAUUUGUAAAUAAUGAAAAUGCGAAUGCUCUUGAGGAUAUGCAGGCUCUUGAUAAUAAUGAAGAAUACACUGGACCCAAUAGUCCAAUCAAGUCAGAGGAUGAGACCAGUAACGAAGGUCUUAUAGUUGAUGUGGAUAAUCCAGUACUAUCAACAAGCCUAAAUUCACAUUCAUCGCGGUCAAUGUCAGAGUUUAGUGACCAACACUCAAAGGUUGCACGGAUUAAUCAUCACUUAAGCAUGAGUUCUCCAAGUGGAAUGAGAAUUAGGCCGACAAUUAGAGGCACCAGUAAACGUGGAAGACCCCGAGGUUCUCGUCGAGGUGGAUCAGUCAUUGGAAAAGGUCGAGGACUUGCACUGCAACCACCAUACACCAGUAAUGCUGGCUCGCAAGUUUCAAAUUCUCCCAUGUUUCCAUUGUCAAACGAUCAAGUUUCCCAACAAGGUGUAAGCGGAAAUUCAGUCUCAGAAGGUGACGGCACAAGUACUUCAAGUCCCCCAGCACCAAGUGGAGGAAUAAUGGGGUCAGUACCAGGCCGAGGGAGUCCAAUGUCAAUAAGAAGAGGACCUGGACGACCAAGACUACGACCAACAGGGCCUGGUAAUCAAGGACAUCGUAUUCCUGGUCACCAUGCACGAAGGAUCCAGCGACCUCUUCCUGUUCCUUUGCGUUCGACUCAAUUAUCAGGCACACCUUAUAAAAAAGUGACAACAAAUGCUGGUGAAGGAGCCUCCUUAGUGUCACCAAUGUCAAUUCAAAUGGCGUCCUCGGUAUCAACAUUCUCCAAACCCGCAGAAACACGACCUUUCGGAUUUUAUACUCAACAGCAGACGUCAAGUAGUAAGGACGAAGUGCAAAAUGAGAAGCAAUAACAUACGUGUAAAUAAGUGAGUAAAUUAGCAUGGUAGACAAAAUAAUGAACAGUGAAGAUAAAUUGAAAAAAUUUCUCAUAUUAAUUAAUUAUUUUUAUUAAUCAACUAAUUUGUUAGGUACAUUCAUGAAAUUGACAUCGUUAAAUAUUCGAGAA